AUGUCGUUCCAGGAGAAGGCUCAGCACCAGAUUUCGCAGCUCGACAAAGAGCUGUCCAAGUACCCGGCCCUCGUCAACCUCGAGAAGCAGACCAAUGUGCCCAAGGUCUAUGCCAUCCUCGGCGUUGGCGCCGUCUACUUCUUCCUGAUCUUCUUCAACAUUGCCGGCGAGUUCCUCGUGAACGUCGUCGGUUUCGCUCUGCCCGGCUACUACUCGCUGGAUGCCCUCUUCUCGGCCACUAAGGUCGAUGACACUCAGUGGUUGACGUACUGGGUUGUCUUUGCUUUCUUCACUGUGUUUGAGAGCCUGGUCAGCGCCGUCUACUGGUUCCCCUUCUACUACACCUUCAAGUUUGUCCUGAUCCUCUGGAUGGCCCUGCCCCAGACCUCUGGUGCCCAGGUGGUCUUCCGCUCCUUCAUCCAGCCUGUUUUCUCGCGCUUCUUCUCGCAGAGCGGCUCCACCGCUGCCAACCUCCGCGCUGCCGCCGACCAGGCCAAGGCCGAGUAA